CACUCAGGUUGUACGGAUGCCCUCGGUGCGGAUUAGAUCCAACCUGCCAAACAAAGACUCGCGGGCCGAAUUAGUCCAAUGAAUCCAGGACCAAGAGCAUGCUCGCAGCUAAGCCCAGUCUAAUUAUAUCCAGAACCUUUCAGCUCCAUUUCGUCUGUUGACACUUGAUAGUAGGGUUUACAACAUCCUCCUCCAGGCAAUGGAGCUCGCCAACGCCCGGAGCGCACUCAAACGCAAACGAGACGACGCCAUUGAACCCUUCGACAACGGCACCGCCGCCACGGCCACCACCGACGCCUCCUCUGUUGACCUCUCUCUCCUGGAGGCCGUAGAGAAGUCACAAACCACUGUGGAAGUUCUCGACCUCAAAACCCUAAAAAGGCUGGUCCUCGCCUUCGAGCGCCGCCUCCGUGACAAUAUCGAAGCCCGGUUGAAAUACCCGGAUCAACCCGAUAAGUUCGCUGACUCCGAAAUUGAGCUCCACGAGGAGAUCCAACGCCUUAAGACCCUCGCCGGUGGCCCUGAACUUUAUCCCGAUUUGGUAAAUCUCAACGUAAUCCCUUCUAUUCUCGGCUUGUUGUCGCACGACAACUCCGACAUCGCCGUCGACGUCGUUGGGCUACUCCAAGACCUCACGGACGAGGACGUGUUGGAGGACAAUGACGAGCCGGCUAAGGUUUUGGUGGACGCGUUGAUUGAGAAUAAUGUCUUGGAGCUUCUGGUUCAGAAUCUGACCCGGUUGUCGGAGUUCGACCCGGAUGAGAUGGCCGCGGUCUAUGCUACCCUCGCCACCCUUGAGAAUUUGAUUGAGGUGAAGCCGGCUGUGGCGGAGAUGGUGUGCGAGAGGACCAAGCUGAUGCGGUGGCUGUUGGGAAAGAUAAAGGUGAGGGAGUUCGAUAGUAAUAAGCAGUAUGCAUCGGAGAUUUUGGCCAUUUUGUUGCAGAACAGUGCAGCAAAUCAGCGGCGAUUGGGGCAGAUGAAUGGGGUUGAUGUGGUGCUUCAGGCGGUGGCAAUGUACAAGUCACGGGACCCGAAGACGGCAGAUGAGGAGGAGAUGGUGGAGAAUUUGUUUGAUUGCUUGUGUUGCUUGUUGAUGCCGUUGGAGAAUAAAGAAAGAUUCGUCAGAGCUGAGGGGGUUGAGUUGAUGAUCAUUAUUAUGAAGCAGAAGAAGUUGGCUUAUGGCUCCGCCAUUAGAGCACUUGAUUUUGCGAUGACAAAGUAUCCACCCGCAUGCGAGCGGUUUGUGGAUGUGUUGGGUUUGAAGACUGCAUUUGCGGCUUUCAUGGGUAAGAUUCCUAUGAGCAAGAAGAAUAAGAAAGAACGCUACCAAGAAGAGUUAGAAGAGCGUAUUAUAUCAUUGAUUGCAUCAUUAUUUGGUGGAAUCUUGAGGGGUUCUAGAAGGGAUAGAUUGUUGAGUAAGUUUGUGGAAAAUGAGUGUGAAAAGAUAGACCGUCUUAUGGAACUUUACAUAAGAUAUUCGGACAGAGUUAAAGCUGAGACCGAACGGAUGAACCAACUUAAACUUGAUGAUUUAGAGAUGGAUGAAGAUGAAAGAUACAACCGACGACUGGAGGUUGGACUUUACACUCUUCAGUUGAUUUCGAUCAUUCUGGGUCAUCUUUGGUCUUCUGAGAAUCCCCGGAUGCGAGCGAGAAUUGAACUACUACUCAACCAGCAAAGAAUUACCAAAGAGGACAUCAAAGAUAUACUUCAGGAAUAUCAUGACAACAUUGGAGAUGUUGAUGGACCGGAGGAAAAGGAGCGUGCACAGGCAAAGAUCCAAAAGUUCAUCUCAGCCUUUCGAUCAAUUGAAUGAUUCCUCGGCAGUUCAAACCUUUAAAGAAGGUUUUUGGUCCAGGCAGGGAAGGAAGAAUAUUGCUGGCUUGUUGAUACAACUCAUGGAGGUGAGAAAAGCCCAAAAUGGUAGAUUGCAGGAGCAGAGUAUCUUCGGGCGAGGGGAGUUUGGGGGUGGGCUUGCGUGGCCGCUGUAGGCGGUGGAACCACCAUUCAGAAAUUGCUGGACAUCGGCUGCACGUGGAGAAUGUCUGGCAAACACGGGGUUUGGUGCGGGGGAGUGAAGGGAUGGCUUCGGGCUGGGGUUCAGUUGGUUUUGGCCCUUCUGGGUUUUCUUAAAAUUGUUUUAAUUUUUCAUAUUUUAUUUUCAGUCCUAAGCGCAUAUUACACGUGGAGUGGUGAGGUAGGUUUGAUUGAGAGUGACUCCAAUGACAUCUAUUCAAAAUUCCAUCCAAUUUGAUUUGUAACUUGGUUGUAUAACUCUAUUUGUACAAUUCGAGCUCAGAUUGAGUCGGC